AGAGAAGGAAUGACUACAUAGGCCAAAAAAUUAGAGCGAUGGCAAGACUAUUGAUAACGGCAAGGGCUAUAACACCUUUGAAGAGCACCGAAGUCCUUGUUAUGCCCUGUAACUUUCCCCAUGUGAUACAGGCAGUAAGAUAUGUUGCUGGUUAUGAUGUUGAAAGCAACUCGUAUAAAAUCCCAUCAUUGGCUUUGAAAUUGGGACACAGUUUAGCCAAAGUUGCAGGCAUUAUUCAAUGCAAUGCCAUCACUGCAAAUCGCCCUGCUGUUGCAGAGUCUGCAAAGCAAUUUGCCACUUUACAUCAGAAAAAGUGGACAGAGUCCAUUUCAGCUGCCGCAUUGGGUACACUUCAACAAGCCAAAUGGAAUAAACCACAGGUUUGACCCUUUACAGAGGAUGUGUCGGUGCUGCACACGUUUCUUGCUACUGAGCGUGCUAAGUGUAUAAAGGACCUUGAGGAAGAACCCAACAGCAAAUGCUUUGGAAAUCUUCCUAAAGUGACUUUGAUGCAGGUAGUACUAUUUAACAGAAGGAGGGAAGGGGAAGUUUCAAAAAUGGAGCUUCAGUCUUUCACAUCCAGGGAUCUUACGGAGCUGAAUCCAGACAUUGUGAGGGGCCUUACUGACUUCGAGAGGAAGCUUGCAGAGCACUUUGAGAGAGUUGAGAUUCGAGGUAAAAGGUCAAGAAAGGUUCCAGUGCUUCUAACCCCUGACAUGAUCACUGCUAUGGACCUCCUCAUGAUAAGCAGAAAAGAGUGUCAAGUCCACAAAGAAAAUGUGUACAUGUUUACACGGCCAGGUGUCCUUUCCCAUUACAGAGGCUCCGACUGCUUUCGCAAGUAUUCAAACAAUGUGGUGCAAAGAACCCAGAGGCACUCACCUCAACAAGAUUGCGGAAACAAGUCGCCACUUUGUCCACACUACUAAACCUCAAAGAAAAUGAAAUGGAUCAACUUGCCACCUUUCUAGGACAUGACAUCCGUGUCCAUAGAGAAUUCUAUCGGCUUCCAGAGAGUACCCUGCAGCUCGCAAAAGUCAGCAAACUGUUGAUAGCAAUCGAAAAAGGAAGACUGCCUUACCUGCAGGGGAAAGGGCUGGAUGACAUUGAGGUCAAUCCUGAAGAUGAAGUAGAAAUGAGUGAUGAUGAUUCCAGUGAAGAAACCAUUGCUGACCUACAUCCAUGCAAAGGCUCAACAACAGAGACUUCUAGGGACCAGACACUUCUGAGGCAAACACCAGAGUCAACCACCCUGGACAACAUGGAGGGCACUUCUGAGUCAACCACCCUGGACAACAUGGAGGGCACUUCUGAGUCAACCACCCUGGACAACAUGAAGGGCACUCCUGAGUCAACCACCUUGGAUAACGUACACAUGAGCAACACACAACCAAGACAUGGUAAAAUAGUCACAUCCCAAGCAUCCUCAAAGUGCUCCAAAGGAAAGCAAGCUGUGAAGGUGAGAAGCAAGUGGACAGGUGAUGAAGUGAAAGCUGUUGAGCGGCAUUUGCUUAAUUUCAUAACAAGCUGCAGAAUACCAGGUAAAAAGGACUGUGACUCCUGCCUCCAAGCAGAGCCAGUAGCUCUGAAAGACAGAGACUGGGUUGCUAUCAAAUACUACAUCCACAACAGAAAUGUAGCAUUAAAAAGGAAGAUGAAUAGAUAGAACUAGAGCAUGCCAACUGUAGCUCAGGUACCAUUCAAUUCCAAUUUCAAUCAGCUUCUCCUCAGAUAGUGUUAAUAUCUGUGGGUUUCAUGUUCAUAUUAUUUUAUUUUCCUUAAAUGAUUUAUAUUGUUGGUUCUUGUACAAACAUGCCACAUAGGCUCGACUGUAGAUCCCACAUGUUUGUAUGUUUAUGUAUAAUUGAGGGCUAUUAAUGAGCAUAUGUUUGCUACUUAUGGUCACAUUUUUUUGGGAUAACAGUUGAUGAUAUAUGUUAAUACUCUGCUCUCAUUGACAGGGAAAAGAGAUAAACAGUACUUAAAGGAAUUGUUAUUGUUCCUAAGUUUUCAGAAGCACUUUGUUCUUAACCACAAGUUGUUGAAUGUGGCAAGGUGUUUAAAUUACUGUUAAACUAUUACCAUUUCAAUGGGUGCUUGUAACAGGCCUUGUGUAUGGUAACUUGCACUAUGUAACUAUGAUGUAAAUCCCUAUGUUAUUUAGACAGGUUAGCUGAAUGUACACUGUCAUGUUUCAUAGAAGCUGGAUGCUUUAAUAGAGAGUUUCUCAUUCAUUUCAAACAUGCCAUUUCUACUGCCUUGUGCAUAGCAGGGAAGGAGGCAAAGUGUAGAUGGUCUAUUCUGGGUGUUCAAUUGAUUUGUUAAUUUGCAUAUUUUCGCUGGCACUCAAUAAAAGUAAGGCAUAAAGUGUUCCCUCUUUUUUUACAUGAAUAUUGACUGCAAAUGUAUUGUUAUAAAUAACAAUAAUACGACUUAAACAGUAGACUGAGAAUAUAUUAUAUUUAUGAGCUAUGUGAACAUGGAUAGGCAUUUCUGUUGAAGGUUACCUAUCUGGUGAACAUGAUUAUUAUAAUAAUUUUUUUAAAGCUUUAGUUAAGUAUUGUACACCUAUGAUUCUUAUGCAGACAUUUCAACAUGUAACCGGAACCACGUUCAAAUACAGACCCUAUUUACAGGUUCUUCAUAAGUCACAUAAACCUGAAAAUCAGUGUGUAUCUAUGGGCUGCUGUUGCUAUGGGCCUUAUAUGUCACAUGAACC